ACGAAUGAUAUUUUAUUAAAUAAAAAUAAACAUAAUAAAAAUAUUUCUAUACAAAGUUACAAACAUAAAUAACCAUGCUAUAUUUAAUGAAAUUAAUAUUUGGAAACUUUUAGAAAACAUAAAAAAAUAUAAUUACUUUACAAAAUUAAUGAUAGAAAAUAAUUAAUACAAAUUCAUGAAAAUCUAUGUCAUUUUACAAAAGUAUAACAAAAAAUUGUAAAUCAGAAUAUAUAUUUGCAGAAUCUAGGUCUUGAUUGAUAGAAAUAUUAAAAAAUCAGUAGUAGUAUGCUAAAGAAACACUAUGUCUUAUAAAUAUAUUUAAUAAAUCGAUUGAUAAAGAAGUAAAUGAUUCGUGUAUAAGACUAUCAUUUAAAAUUAGUAUAUGAUAUAUCAUUUUUUAUUUCUAAAUAACAUAGAUAUAUUUAUAUUUAUAAUAUAUAAAAUAUAUAUAAUCUUUACUGAUAAUAAUGAAUCAUAAUUAAUUAUAUAUAUUUAAUUAUGUUUUAAAUAUGAAAUAUCAUUCUUUUAAUUUUAUAAAUUUUAUUUUUUGAUAUACAUAUAAAUGAGGUUUGCAGACCUUUUAGUCGACUAACUGGCGUUCUUAAUUCGCAAAAAAAAGCUCAAAAACCCAUUGAUCUUGAUUUUACCAAUAUUCAAUUGAUCGUAUGGAAAGACCCAAGCAAGCAACAGCUUCGCUUCUUCUUGACUUUAAUUUGACUAGGCAUUCUCAUUUUAUGAUAUUAUUGAAUUAAAAAAAAAUAUUUGUAUUAAAUUGUUUUAAAUUCUUUAUAUAUUAUAAUUCCAAUAUUCUACCAAAAGCUUUAUUAGAAAGUAUUGGACAAAUAGCAUAUAUAGAGAAUUGGUAUUUUCUAAAUGUUUUUCUAAUUAUUGAUUAGAUAACAAAUAGCAUAGUGUUUAUGCUAAUGUUAUGCCAAUCAAAGUCUAAGGAUUACUGGAUUAGUAUCUUAUUUUAAUUCAUCAAAUUCUAAAAUCCUCAAACUUUACAAGUUACGUGCCUAUUGGAAGUUACGUGACUACUGGAUUGUUAUCUUAUUUUAAUUUGUUUUUAUCAAUCAUCUUAUUUUAAAAACCUAAUUUCUCAAGUAUCCCGCAAACAAUCUCCUAUGUAUUUCGCAUAUAAUCAGAAAUUUACCAACUUUAGAACGUAGAUAGAAAAGAAAACUCUAGAUCCCUCUACAUUUUCUCCACUCAGAAAUUUGAGAACCAACCCAUAAAAGAAAAUGAAUAGAGCAACAAUAAAAGAUCAUAUCCUCAUUUCUUGGCGUGUUCAACCUCUUUCCAAAGCGUAACUACAACUAAAAGCCUUUUAUCUUAAGCAUGCGCUUAACCAAUACCACACACAAAUUGAAAAGAAAUACAAAUGUAUUUAUAUAAAGUUGUCCCUAUGAUUUUCGAGCAUCUUGAAUUGAGAAAACAGAUUUGAUAGAUAUGUAUCUUAGUCGGAGAAUGCAGAGCGGUAGUUACGCGGUGUAUAGGCAGGGACUUGCGGAGGUUUUGCACACAUACAACAAGGUUGAGAGGAAGACAUCUAUGAAUCCAUAUCCGAAGAUUAUUCUAUUUGGAAGAGACUAUAGUAAUCAAAUGAGUCCACAAAGUCUGAAGUUAUCAAAUCCGGUUAAUGCUGGGAAGUACUUUAAUAAUGAUUUCAACAACUCUAAGAUGCAAUCUUCUCCUCCAAACCCAUGGUUUAAUCUUCCGUCUUGCAGGGGAAGAUGGGUCAUAGGUUCUGUGAUUUCGGUGGUGUUAUCUUUCUGGAACAAUAAUAGGAUGCAACAACUGAAACGGAUUAAAGGGGAGGCGGAAUUGGCUGUGGAAGGGAUAGAGGCUGUAGCAGAAAUGGUAGAAAAAGUGGCGACGGCGACUGAAGACAUGGCUGAAGAAAUGGAAAAGAUUCUGCCUGAGCAAAGUAAAAUUAAACAAGUGGCUGUAGUUCUGGAACACAUUUCAGAGGUUGCUGCACAUGAAGCACAUGUAACACAUGAUUUCCUUCAGAAGGUGGAAAAAGUCGCACAAGAUUUGGAUGCGUUGGAGGCAAUGAUAGAGCCUUUGGUGGACAGAAAUGAGGCAAAUGCUGAAACUAAGCAACAAGAUGAUAAAAAAGAAGCAAACUCUGAGCCUUCACGCCACUAAACUGUUCAUCAUCUAAUUUAAACGCCAUAAAUAUAUGUUAAAAACUCUCUGUAUAUUUAUUUUUUUGUUUACUCUUUACAAUAACUUGUGUACAAUAUUUUUACAGAUAUAUUAUCAAAGCUAUAUAGUUCUUGACUGGA